UGAAUGGAGGAAUCUGCGGGAAACGAACCUGAAGACAGUCGUCCUGUUUGUCUGCAUGGAAUUCAAUGCAAAGAGGUUGGGAUGGACCAUUUCACAUCAUUUCGCCAUUUACAGACUGCAAACGAAGAAAAGGCGCGAUUUAGAGCGAAAUCACGACGUCGCGAAAGAACGGAUGGUAGCAGCAAGGUAGAUCCACCCUCAAAGAAAGCAAAUCUUCAUCGCCCUGCGAUGUACGUCACCAAAGUGCCCGGAAUAUCUCCCUGUUUCAACGAACCCUCAGUAGCCAUCCACAUCCGGGAUAUUCUUCACACCUCUAUGGGAAACCUCGUCUCAUCCGCUCACUUUAACUACAUGUUUGAUAUCAAUUGGCUAAUACAACAGUAUCCGGUUGAGUUUAGAAGCAAACCAAUACUAGUGAUUCACGGCGAGCAGAGAAGUUCAAAAUCUGAACUGGAAAAAGAAUGUCAAGCGUACAGUAACAUCCAACUGAUUCAAGCUCCAUUACCUUUUCCAUUUGGUAAACACCACUCAAAGAUGAUUUUGCUCUUAUACGAUACGGGCAUGCGUGUCGUGAUCCAUACAGCCAAUCUAAUUCCAAGAGAUUGGGAGCUGAAGACGCAGGGUGUGUGGGUCAGUCCCGUGUUUCCAAAGGGUGACAAAUUAAGCGACUUCCAGAGCGACUUGCUUGCCUAUCUUUCUGCCUACAAUCGAUCAGGAUUGGAUACAUGGCGACGUCACGUGUCAAGCCAUGACAUGUCGGACGCAAACGUUCAUUUAAUCGCGUCUGUUCCCGGUAGACAUUUGGGUCAGCAUAUUAACACAUGGGGACAUAUGAAACUGAGACGUAUUCUCAAACGUAAUGUUUCUGUGUCAAACGAGUGGCCUGCUGUCGCACAGUUUUCCAGUAUCGGAUCUCUUGGGUCUAACCCUCGGCAGUGGUUGAGUGGUGAGUUUUGUGGGAGCCUUUCAAGCAGCACGACGUCAUUGCAAAUGACUGAAACUGAACUAUGUUUGAUAUUUCCGUCUGUGAUGAAUGUACGUCGGUCUUUGGAAGGUUACAUGGCUGGUGGGUCGCUGCCUUAUCAUUCAAAAACGGCAGAGAAACAGACGUAUUUGAAGAGGUUUUUGCACCAGUGGAGAGCAGACUGUAUGGGCAGAAGCAGAGCGUCUCCACACAUUAAGACAUACACACGACUGUCACCCGAUGGUAAACGAAUCGCAUGGUUUCUAUUGACGAGUGCGAAUUUGUCUAAAGCUGCAUGGGGAGCUCUUGAAAAGAAGAGCAGCCAGCUCGCCAUUCGAUCGUACGAAAUCGGUGUUCUCUUCUUGCCAAAAACACGCAGUGAAGGGUUUGUGAUUGGUCGUGUUGGAGAGAAAUGUGAUGAUGUAUCAAGUGAUGAGUUUCCUGUUCCGUUUGAUGUCCCUCUUGUGCCAUAUGAGGAAGGAGACGAACCGUGGGUGUGGGACAGAGCAUAUCUGGCAAGAGACAGUCACAACCAAGUGUGGACACCAUGAUAAUGGAUAACCAACUGAUGCCAACAUGUCAAGAGUUUAAUGUAUAUGAGACUCCUGUCUGUGUAUCACAAAAAUUUGCCACACAAAAUUGUCGCAAAGUUGUGGCGUAACGAAAUCUGGAUUUCUCUUUAUUUGUACUUCAGCAUGUUGACUCUAGUUUUUCCACGUCGUGUUGUGUUUUUAAGUCGUAUGGCAUAAGUAUUUGUAGACUUUACUUGGUCACUCAAGAACCACAAAAUGAGAAUUUUGGGACAGUCAA